UGCAAAUCCCUUGCACUAUUCGUCAAAAUGCCGCAGAAGCUUUAUGUCACGUACAACGAGGUUCACAAACUAUGCCAGGAUUCCGCCGACAAAAUCUUGGACACCUUCCACCCCAAUCUUAUGAUUGCUAUCGGCGGUGGUGGAUAUAUUCCUGCUCGGAUUCUUCGGUCAUUCCUGAAGCGCCAGGGAGAGCCUAACAUUCCGAUCCAGGCUAUCGGCUUGUCGCUCUAUGAGGACCUAGGCCGCGGUGACCCCGAAGAGGUUCCUGGAACCAAGGUCACCCGUACACAAUGGUUGGACCUUAGCUCCUUGGAGAUGGCGAACCUUAUUGGCAAGAAUAUUCUCAUUGUUGACGAAGUUGACGACACCCGGACAACCCUUGAAUAUGCAGUCCGCGAGCUCCAGAAGGAUGUUGAGUUGGCACAAAAACAGCUUGGGCGGGAAGGCGAGAAGACGAACUUCUUCAUCUUCGUUCUUCACAACAAGGACAAGUCCAAGAAGGGAGUCUUGCCGGAGGAUAUGGUGGAGUGUGGCCGUUACCAUGCAGCAGUCACAAUCGAUGAUGUCUGGAUCUGCUAUCCAUGGGAAGCUAAGGACAUCGAUGAGCACGACAGAUUGGCCCAACAGACACCUCUCCCGUGAGCUUAAACUACUCAAAUCAAUAUCACUCGCCCCUAGCUACGUCUUUGCAUUGCUUCUUGCCUGGAAAUCCUGUUUAUGCUGUCCAUGCAUAGAUAUUGGCUCUCAUUGGUUGCACAUAUAAUGCUUGGCUCCUUUAGACGUUGCAGGAGAUUUAUACGUUUCAGAUUAUCUACGGAAAGGUGUUUUUGAUGGAUUCUUUUUAUUAGAAUAAAAGCAAUUUAGUGCUGUGGAUGACGAAGAUCAUUGCUUGCAUACCGGUCAUGGGCGCCCCUUG